AUGACUGUGAUACAGGAUGUGAAGUCUACAGAUGCUUGUGUUGCGGGCAUUAAUUGCUGUUCCAAUACUGCUAACUCGGAAACGUCAAUCGACAAAUCAUCUGUUUGUAUGGAUCCCAGUUCCACGAGUAAUGUUUUGUACAAACCGAGUAAUUAUGACAAUUGGGAAUCCAAUUUUAAUCUUUGCAAACAGAUUGAUAUUGAAUUCGAAAAUGUCAAAUACACAGUGCGGAAGUUCAAUUUUCAUGAACGAAAAUUUGUAACAAAGGAGAUUUUACAUGGGAUUAACGGCGCAUUCCGAGCUGGCGAACUUACCGCCAUAAUGGGUCCAUCAGGCUCUGGAAAGAGUACACUACUCAAUGUAAUGACUGGUUUUAGAGCCACUGGUGUAACAGGCACAAUAUGUGUCAAUGGGGAUCCCAUUUCAACAAACUCACCCAGUUUUCGAGAACUUUCUUGUUAUAUACAUCAAGAUGACUUGUUGAGGCCACUGAUGACCAUUGGUGAAACGAUGAUGUUAGCCGCACAUCUCAAGCUGGGCUUCAGUACAUCCAAGGAAUACAAACAAAACUUGAUCAAACAUAUAUUGGCCCUGCUGGGAUUGGAGCAUCGGUAUCAUGUAUUUGCGGGGAAGUUGUCUGGUGGUCAGAAAAAACGCCUGGCCAUAGCGCUCGAGCUGAUAAGCAAUCCCCCCGUUUUGUUUUUGGACGAGCCAACUACCGGUCUGGACAGCUCGUCGUGCAGUCAGUGUGUAUCGCUAUUAAAAAAGUUGGCUUCUCUCGGUCAUACCAUAGUGUGUACCAUUCAUCAGCCUAGCGCAUUGAUAUUCGAGAUGUUCGACAAACUAUACACUGUUGUUGAUGGAAAUUGCAUUUACCAAGGGCCAGUAAGGGAGCUUGUACCAUUCCUUGAAGGACAGGAUCUGGUGUGUCCAAGUUAUCACAAUCCAGCAGAUUUUCUGCUGGAGGUUGCAGUGGGGGAGCACGAUCGCGAUUUAGUGAAACUUAUAAAUGCAGCAAACAAAAAGUAUCACGAAGAUGCAGAUAACCAACAAAUAAAUGUGCAACGCUUGCUAUCUCAUAUUAAAAGCAAUGAUGCGUGUAGCAAAAUCGCUGGCAAUUUGAAACGUUUCCCCAACGUCAUGUCCAAACUUACGGCCUUCGACUACGUAAAACCCGCUGCGGACGAAGUGGCUUUGGAGGAAGUGAAAUCGCUGAAUGCCAGCGUCGGCACAAGAGAAAAGUUGGAUGAUAAAGAUGGCGAUGCUUGCGCAACAGGGCGUAGGAAAAUUAAUGGCCGACGUAACACGGCCUAUAAAGCUUUACAAACCGAGCAGGCCUCAUUUAUAAUGCAAUAUUUUCUACUUCUGAAUCGGAUCUUCAUAUGCGCCCGACGGAAUUAUUUCUUGUUGUUGGCUCGGUUGAUGUCACACAUUGUAAUUGGCUUGGUAUUUGGUUACUUGUAUAUGAAUGUCGGCGAUAAAGCGACCACUGUGCUCGGCAACUAUGUCUAUUUGUACGGUACAAUUUUAUUGUUGGUCUACACCGGCAAAAUGGCUGUGGUGCUAACAUUUCCUUUGGAAAUUGGAAUGUUGACCCGAGAACAUUUCAACCGGUGGUACGGCCUAACUCCAUACUUCUUAUCGAUGCUGUCUUUUGAAAUACCAUUUCAGAGUAUUUGCGCAGUAAUUUACAUGGCCAUAAGCGUUUACCUAACUGGCAACAACACAAAUGAGUGCUUUCGGAUAUAUUACUUCGUCGUAUUGGCCGUUUUGGCGACACUAAGUGCUCAAGCCUGGGGUUUCUUUGUCGGUGCUACGCUACCUACCAAAUUGGCAGUUUUCUUGGGUCCCAUUCUGGCAGUAUUGUUUUCAGUGUUUGGAUUCUGCACGCGAUACAUCGAUAUCACGCCUAUCUUUCGCUGGAUGUGGCAUAUCAGCUAUUUUAGAGCAGGUUUCCACGGAGCACUUAAUGCUAUUUAUGGCUUGGAACGCCCAUUUCUAACAUGUCCGGAUACUGCAAUGUAUUGCCAUUUCCGAAGUCCCAAAGUAUUUCUCAACUACAUGAUGAUCUCGGAUGUAAAUAUGGCUGACUGCGUCACACUGAUGGUUGUCGUGAUUGUCGUUAUGCAUAUACUUACUCUAAUAACGCUCUGGCACAAAUUGAACAAACGUUAAUUAGCAAAAUAUGCAUUAUAAUUACAUUAGUAGUUUAAGUAUAUAAACCAAAUAAUAAUUAUUUUUAAAUAUGGGUAUGCAUAAGUAAUAGCAACUAUAUAUGUAUAUAUACUAUGUCGUAAGGGGAUUAUGGUUUUUACCUAUUUGAACUUUAAAGACCUUUAGAUCAUCGUAAUUACUCCCUUUUGUCCCCUAAUAACUUAAUACAUAAAAAGUGAAAACAAAAACGAACAAUUGUAAAUUUGUAUGCAAAUCUACUAAAUACUUAAGAGUUUUUGUACGAGUGUAUACGGUAACUAGUAGUUCUAAAAUUAAAAAUUUAGCAAAAAAAUAUAGUAUUACAUUUUUAAAUGCUCAUCUGUAGAAAUAAAGAAACAUAUAUAGUUUUUUAUGCAGCAUAUCUAAAAAAAUUGAAUACUUAUCGAAUUGAUUCGCUGGUCCUUGCCAAUUUUAUAGAAAAGAAAUCUACCAAAAAAUCGCGAAAUCUAGUUAACUUCAACUCUUUAAAAUUAUUUAGAAAAAUUUUAUAGCAUCGAAAAUUAGGCGUAAACGAUAUAUACAAAUUGUAGGUAGACAUUACAAAUGUACAAACAAUGUCGGAUAUAUGUGAUUCACAGUUUAUUUAGCUUAGAUCUAGCUUAAGCGAAAUGUAAUAAAAUUAUUUGGACAUUCAAAACCAUCAAAUUAAAA